AGUUCCGGCCGCAGCCGAGAGUCAUUUCUGAUUCAAACUAGCGACUUAAAAUCAUUGACUUUUGCAUGAAAACGCGUAAAAAGCAGCGUGUGGACGCAGCGUUUGGAGUCCGGGAGUGAGAGGAAGGUUCCGGGUCCAGGAGACUCACUGAGGAGGAGGAUGGCAGGAUCACGCUGAUGCUGUCAACAGAAGACCAACACCAGGACUUCAGGGCUGCUCUGCAUCAGCACCAACCCAUCAUUAGCUGGACUGAUGUGCCGUCCUGGAUGUGAGUUUGGACCAGACAUGGUGGAGCAAGACUUGAGCUAAAUAUCUUUCGCAAGGACGAGAAGAAAACGUCACUGAAGAUGGACGACGGGAACACGUGUGGUCCGACGGACAGGAAAAGGAUGAACGCCAACACGGUGUGGCAGUGGCGCAUCAUGCACGUCAGGAAAUACUCAAGAAACCCGGAUCCCUUCUACUACAGCAACACGAUGGGUCUGGACUUCAACGUUGGUUUACCUACAAAUAAAAAACUGGACCCACAGUCGGUGACAAACGGAGUCAUUCUGGAGGUCUGUGACUUUGCCAAAACUGUCAAAAAGAGCAGGAGACAUUUUGCGACGAGCAUCCUGGAGAACAAUUACGACCUCGGUUUGGAAAACGAGCAGCAGCGGAUUCAUUUCACGAGUCAGCUGCUGCACAAACUCAAAGACCUCCGAAGGAAACCGCCGACGGAGGAAGUUUUCCCUCUUUUUGAAACGUAUCCUAAACCCGAGUGUCCCGGCAGCAAAAAAACUAAACGUCAGGUGGAGACGCGAGUGGUGGAGGUGGUGGAGGACAGCGACCCGGAGGACGUGUUCAUAUGUUCACAAGCUCCUUCUCAGGAAGUGAUGGAGGACGUGGACGAACCGCUUCCUGAUAACGUGGAGGAUACAAAGCCGGAGCCGGCAGAAAACAACAAACCGGACGUUCUUCCCUUCCGCUUUCCUUGUUGCGAGGCAAUCGGUUUGAGCUUUGACGCGGAGUUAAAACAAAUCCUCGACCCGGGUUCCCUGACGGAGGCAGCGAUGUGGGAGCUGGUGGACUUCACCAUCGUGCUGACGGCGUCCUACCGCUCCAUCAUCCUCGCCGUGUUGGACCACAACUUUAACCUCAAUCUCAAAAGCCAGCAGGGAAAAAAUCGAGUUUGCUUCCUCGUGUCACAGCUGCUGAAAAGGAGGAAACAGCUUCACAGCACCGGCAUCAAAAUAAGCUCCAAGUUUCAAAACGAGCCGUUUUCCUUCCAGUCGAACCCCCUGAAGAGAUCCCACGGGACAAGUGAGUUCGAGGAGGUGGCAAAAAGAAAAAUGUUGGAUUUCAAAAGUGACGUAAGCUGGCUGCAGGGAGACAAAAUGCACAAACAUGUUCUGACGAAUGGACCAAACAAAUGGGACGUGGACCAGGAGGAGAUGGUCACGGAGAGCAACAUGUGGCGGCUGCGUGUUAAACGUGUUCGACAAAUCCUCCUUGAGCUGGACAUGGAGUACUGUCCGUUCUUCAGGCCCAAGAGAAUCGACCUGGAGUUCAACAUUGGCUUCAGGCCCGAGCGAUACCUCAGCGCCGAGUAUCUGACGAACUCAGUCCUCUAUAAAGUGGCUCGAUUUGCUUUAGCCAUGAGCUCGUCGCAGCGGGAGUUCAUCGUGGAGAUCCUGGAGAACAACUUCAACUUAGGCCUGCAGACCAAACGCCAGAAAUUUACGUUUGGAUGUAAAGUCAUGAGCAAAGUGAGACGGCUGAAAAACUGCGAGGACGCCGUGGUCACGUUUUCAAGAGAGGUUUUUGAACUUCCUCUUUCAACGUCAUCCGGUAGUUCUGUGAAUCAGAGCAAGAACAGCGUCCGUCCUGAACUCGGCAGCAAAGCGAGGACGAAGGAGCGAGAAGCUGCUUCCACCAGCGCUCCGGAUUCACGCACCGAAGCCGACCCGGAAUCUAAACCUGAUGCACACGCUGAAACUCAACCUGACUCUGGCACGAAACCGGAUUUAUGCCCCAAAUCUGAACCUGAUUCUGAAUCGGAACCUGAUUUUGAGGAUGAACCUGAUUCCCAGAGCAGCGUGGAACUUUACCCUUUCUGCAGGGAGAUCGGUCUGAGUCUGCACGAAAACUCCAAUCGAUCCAAUCGCAUACUCGACAUCAACAGACUGACCAAAGGAGCGAUCAUCGAGGUCGCGGACUUUGCCGAGCAGCUGUGCGGAACGUUUGAGCAGAUUUGUCUCGACGUCCUCAAGCACAACUUUGACCUCAACUUGAAAAGUGUCGAUUCUGAGCUUUUCAGAAAGAUUCUGGCUCAUAUUCCUGCUGUCAUUACAGAAAGAAACCUCGCCACCUGCGUGAACCACGCGAAAAUAAAGCCAAAAAGAAAUGAUGAGUCAAUACUCAUGAAGCUGGACUUUAAGAACAGCCCGGAUGUAGAACCGUGCAGUGCCGGUUCUGUCCAGGCAAACACAGUUCAAAAUGUUAGCAGUUCGACUGACGUUGAGCAAAUUAACGACCCGAACUUGCUGCUGUGGAAGUUGCGGACGAAUCAUAUCCAGCAGAUCGUCUCGGUGCCUCAUGGAGAACGUUGUCCGCUCUAUUCCUUCCCCAGAUGUAAAAAGUUAGGCAUCGACUUCAACGUCAGCUCUGGACUCAAACAGAACCUUGAUCUAAAGUUGCUGACCAAUGGCGUCAUGGUGGAAGUCAACGCCUUCGCCGCAGCACUGCAGUCGGCCACCAAACAUUUCAUGGCGGAGAUAAUAGAGCAUAACUUCCACCUGCGUUUCAAAGGCGAGCUUCAUCGCAGCGCCUUUGCAGAGCGACUCCUGAGAGAAAUUCUGUUGCUCAAGUCGGCGAGAUCCACCGUCCCAAGACAGAACAUGACUUAUCACCUCCCAGACCCGAGAUUCAUAGAGGAAGAGAGUCCGUCCUGCCCCAAAUGCUACCAAGACAGAAAAUACAAGCGUUAUCCGGCAGAAACUGCUCGAUCUGUGCGUCCACACGUUGUGACCGACGCCGUCUCUGCAACACAGCAACCCGCGAAGCAUCCAGCGGAGGAGACGAUAACGAGCAAAUACAACAACUGCAGAAGAAUCGGUUUGCACCUGUGUUUGGACAAACAGCGCCGAAAACACAAACUCGACCCGGAUCUGCUCACAUGCAAGGUGAUGAUGGAGGUGUAUGUUUUUGCCCGAAAACUGUCCGGAACAAAACACAAGAUCGUGAACGACAUCCUCGAGCACAACUUCAACCUGGACAUGCAGAACCAAGACAUCAAUCCUUCGACGCAGUACUCCAGAAUCGCGGCGCUCAACGGAAGCCUGGCCUGGUUCAACGAAGUGUUUGUUGCUCAGCCGUGCAGCCACAGAGAUCCCUCAUCCUCGAGUUCCCGGCAAGAUCUCCCCGACAUGCAGGGAAGUGAGAAGAAGGAAACGUGCAGGAAAAGACAAAUGGAUUUGCUUCUAAGAGCAAGCAAGAGGCUGAAAGGUCAAGAGGCAGCGGACGGCGAAGAACACUACAUGCGUCCUGUGGAAGGAGAUGAACUGUCUGAUUCAGAGAACAGUGGAAAUGAGGAUCUCUUGCAAAACCCAACAAGUUCUGACAUCCCCGGAGAGGCAGAAUCCCCCGCUGAAGGUUCACCAGCUGUGACCACGCAGGUGAACCCGACGAGUCCACCCGAUCAAAGCGGGCUGCAGGGAGACGAAGCGCCGACGCAGAUUCCAACAAACGUACCGACCGAAUAUGAACUGAGACCCGAGGGUAAGAUGUGGAGGCUGCGUUCAAACCGCAUAAAAGAAAUCCUCGCUCUGAUAGAAAAAGACUUCUCUCCCGUCUUCAUGCGCAAGAAAGUGGAUCUGGAGUUCAACGCAGGGGUCGGGCCCAGGCGAUACUUCAACGGCGAGCAUUUGACGAACUCUCUCCUCUAUAAAAUCGCCGGAUUUGCUUUGGCGAUGAGCUCGUCUCAGAGGGAGUUUAUCAUGGAGAUUCUAGAAAAUAGCUUCGACCUAAACCUGCAGAGCAAACACCAGAAAUAUACGUUUGGGUGUGAAGUUAUGAACCGAGUGAGACGACUGAAAAACUGCAAGGAUGCGGUCGGACUUUUAAGAGAGGUUUUUGAACUUCCUCUUCCAGUGUCUUCAGUUAAUCAGAGCAUGAACGACGUCUGUCUUGAACUCGGCGGGGCGUUGAGGAUGGAGGAGCCCGAAGCUGCUUCCACGAGCGCCCCGGAUUCACACAUUGAAACUCAACCUGACUCCCAGAGCAGUGUAGAUCUGCAUCCGUUCUGCAGGGAGAUCGGCCUGAACCUACAUGAGUACUCCAGUCGACCAAAUCACAAACUUGAUGUGAACAAACUGACGAGAGGAGCGAUGAUCGAGGUGGCGGACUUUGCAGAGCAGCUGUGUGGAACAUUUGAGCAGAUUUGUCUGGAUGUCCUCAAACACAACUUUGAUUUUGAGUUGGAAACUACAGAUUCCGACCUUUUCAGGAAGAUUCUCGCAUAUUUUCCUGCUUUGGUUGUGCAACGAAACCUAGCGACCAGCAUAACCUACGCGAAAACAAAGCCCAUAAGAAAAGAUCACUCGGUGCUCAUGAAGAUGCAGCAGCAGGACGCCCCUGAUGUAGGACCGUGCAGUUCUGGUUCUGUCAAGGCGAGCAGAGGUCAGAAGGUGAGCAUUUCCUCCAACACCAAACAAAAAAAUGACCCGAACUCGCUGCUGUGGAAGCUGCGGACCGAUCGCAUUCAGCAGAUCCUGUCGGCUCCUCAUGUAGAACGUUGUCCGCUUUAUUCCUUCUCCAGAUGCAAGAAGUUAGGCAUCGACUUCAACGUCGGAUCUGGACUCAAACAGAAACUUGAUCCAAAGUUGCUGACCAACGGCGUCAUGGUGGAACUCAACGUUUUUGCCGAAGCGUUGCAGUCGGCCACCAAAGAUUUCAUGACGGCCAUACUGGAAUAUAACUUCAACCUGGACCUGAGCGGCGAGCUGCACCGGAGUGCCUUCGCGGUGCAUCUGAGGAGACAAGUUGUGACGAUGAACGCCAAGAGAGUCAGCGUUCCUCACAAGAAGAUGCAUUUUGAACUCCCUGAUUCCAGCUGCAUGGAAGAAGACACUCUGUACUGCCCCAGCUGCUAUCGAGACAGAAACUAUAAGACUGAUAACGUCUCUGCUGAUGCACAAAAUCCUUCGACUUUCCAAGCAGCAGAGGAGACGUUGCUGAGUUCCUACCGUCACUGCAGGGAGAUGGGACUCAGUCUGUGUGUGGACAGAAACCACCCGAAACGUAAGCUCGACUCGAACGUCUUGACGUGGGCAGCUAUGAGCGAGGUGUAUAACUUCUGCAAAAAACUCAGCGGAACGAAAAACAGGAUCGUCAACGAGAUCAUCGAGCACAACUUCAACCUGCACCUGGAGAGUCACUCGGUGAAGCCCUACGAGUGGUUCAGCAGAGUGGCUGCCGACGGCGGGGAGCUGGCCUGGUUCGACCAAGUUCUUCAGCCACCUUCCCCGAAGUACACUCCGAGAGCGAGUAAAACCAAAGCGCCCCCCGUCGCCGUCGUGCAGAUGACCGACCGGAAAGAGCUGUUCAGGCAGAGGCAGCUGGAAAUGCAAACGAAGAAGGAAAGAGCAACGAUGGAGAGCGAGAAAGCAAACGCCGAGAGGUUGAAGAAGAUCGAGGAGAGGAACGAACGACGGUAUCCCAUCUGCAGGAAAAUCGGCCUGGAGCUCGACAUGACGAAACAAACGGCGGACAAGCAGAAGCUGCACUUGCGGCACUUGACCAGAAACGUAGUGAUGGAGAUACACAGCUUCAUAUUCAGGAAAGGAACGCGACACUUCCAGAGCAACUUGUACGAGAUCCUCAACUACAACUUUGAUCUGAGCUCGCAGGACCACCGGCGCUGGGAGUUUUCAAACGACAUCGCCACCAAAGUGAAAGCCAUGAUCAAACAUCCGAGGAGUCGAAGGUGUCGGGGAGGAAACAGGAUCUUCAAGCUGCCGUUUGUGAACAACAAAGCACCCAGAAGCUUCACACAGAUUCAGGAGAACAGAAGGUUCUGUUUGGAGGAAGCCCAGAGGAGGGCCGCCGAAAACAACCGAGUGCAGCAAAUACUGUGCUUCUCAGACGUCAGCCGCGUCUUUGUUCUCAACGACGUCCAGAUUAAAGAGGAGUCCUGGUUCGGCGGUGAAGACGGCGUGACUCAGACGGAUCCCGGAACAGCGGCGCCGAUGAAUGACGGCCGUCUCUAUGGAAACCUGCAGAUUAAAGAGGAGGAGUUUGACCCACAUUAUGCACAAGCGAUGCAGGGAAACGUCGUCAAAACGGAACCCGCUGCUUCCGCCGCGGACAGCCCAGCUCCUGAAGUAAAAACCGAGGACGUCCAGUAUUGCAUCCCACCUGCAGCACGAGCGUCUGAAGGUUCUGGCGUCGACCCGCUGCAGCUGGCGGCCUCUCUGGGCUACACCAUGGUCACCAUCGGCCAGGACACGCUGGUCAAAGAGGAGCCGCAGGAAGAGUCGCAGCAUCACGGCGUCGACGCGGAAAUCAAACAGGAGCCGUGAUGGUCGACCGGAGAGUUUUAUACCAAACAUCAGGGCAACUCGCUAAAGCUUUGGAGAGAAUUAUUACACCACCUGCUGUUUUUUGGAGGGGGGGUGGUUUUAUACAAAAACACUGAAAAUCUUCUGUCAUAGCGGUUAAUAAAUGUUCCAUCUUCUAAGAGAAAAUAAUGUCAGAAUAAGUUGAUACAUGCAAUAUUUCACGAGCUGUGCUGUUCUGGCUUCACGAUGGGAAACGACACCACGUUAGGCAUCCGGUCAUGUUCACUUUCUGGUGAUGGAAAAGCAAAGUUGUGGGUUCAGAACCAGAAAAGAUGGAGAUGGAGGCGCUCGUAGCUUCAGCAUUAACUCACAAAGCAUUACACACCACAGUUAGACAACAUGUAAAGCUCAUGUUCUUCCCUUUUAACUUUUAGUGAGUCGACGGUGAACUUUGUUAAGCUGGUUCUUCUGGUCUGUUUGUAAAAGUUCUCCACUUUUUCUGUCAUUUUCUUCAUGUUUGUUCUGAUCACUGCUGGUUUUGUGUUGUUUUUUUUUUGAAGAUGUUUAUAUAUUUUUUCAUUCUGAUUCUUUUUAACCGCAUUGAAGAUGACAACUGUGCCCGACAAAGACGAUAUAUAUGAUCAGUGUGUAAAACCCUGACCUGCUGUGUUGCUCCUCGCUGUUACACUACGUUUUAUAUAAACUUUUGAAAGCAUCUCGUCUCUGUUCGCUUGGUUAAUGUGCUGCAGUCAUUUCUCAGAGCCGCUUCGGUGCUUUAAGAGUAUUUAACGCCGUUUUAACCGACACCAAGGUCAGUGAGGAUGUGACUGUUCACUUGUAAUACCGAAACCGGGCUGUGGGCGGCGCUGCAGACCUCAUAAAUGUCAUUAAUUACUGAUUAGAGCAGCUUCUCAGAGGAACUCCUUCAUCUCAUCAGUCUGUGGAGGGAAAAGGGGAAUGAUUUUGAUAAUAAGCUUUAUUUUGGAGGUAAAAGUGGUUUAUGAUGAAAUAAACAUUGUUGUAUUUGAAAAUUAAAA